GUGUGGAAGACGGCAGAAUGCCCUGAGGCAAGGCGAUCAAUGAAAUAACCGGUUCGGCUGCUAAAAUGAAGUGGGAGCCACGAGGAGCCACGUGGGCUUCUUUACGUGGGCUUCUGACUGUUUCUGCAUGUGGCCGUGCCUUCAAAUCUCUUAUUCCCAAUCUAGCCUGUUCUUGUGCGUGAAAAGGUAAGUUACAUAUUCAGCGACUGGAAUACAACGACCCAGAAAUCUCCCCGUCUUUCUUCCACUUUCUUGUCAUGUCUGGCUCAUACGUCCUCCUUCAGUUCGGAUCAGACCUCUUCAGUCAUAGAUUCGAAGAUCUCGAGGGCAGACCAGCGUUUACGGUGACAACGGUUGACCAACAAGUGAAUGUAAUUGUCCACAUCGCUCGCGAAGCGGCUUGGAGCCAGCAGCACCCAGAAAUCAUGGGUCCCAGCAAUUCCUACUUGUAUUUUGGCCCCUCCAGAGCCCCAGGAUACCUUGUAUACGGUAACGGGGCGGAAGUCGCCAUGAUCAAUCACCUACGCCAAAAGAGAGAUUCUAGCAUAUCACGCUAUUUUACGGCGCAGAAUGGUAGGGAGCUGAAGUGGAAAGUUUUUCCUCAGAAAAUGGAGUGCGUAGACGGACGUACUACAAUCGCUAUGUGGGAGCUCGCUCAGCCAGAAGACAUGUUCAGUGCUCGUCUGACCAUCAAGCAUUCCGGCCUUAGUGUGGUUACUGAAAUUUUAACCACUCUGUCUCUAAAUCGCAUGGCCCUGGAUUUAGACUGGAAGGUGUAGCAGUUUUUCUUCCUCACGAGUCGUUCUAUGUGAUACACCACUACGUUCAAUCCUCAUGUUCCCGCCUUUGACUUGCGCCCACAUGCCACUUUGUACUAAUUGCUCUCAUACUGCA